AUGGCCUCAGCUCGUAAAAUUUUUUUGAUAACGACCGUUUUGGACCCUGUGGAUCUGGCUAUGACGAGUUCCUUAGUAUCAAGGCUUGACGGGAUGGAGCAACAGUCGACCUGGGCCUGUUCAGUCCUGUUCUUGUUUCUCCUGCGGGUCGGGUGGAUGUCGGAACCCGCAGUCUCGCUUCCCCGAUGGCAUAGCUAUCAGAUGCUGGAUAUAUAUAUAUAUACGUAUAUAAACAUGUAUAUAAUUCAUCUCUUGCUGCGAUCUCUGGCUUUUUCCGACAACUAUAUACCCCCUCUCAUCAAAGCGGAUAUCAAUCUGGCCAGCAUGAGCACUGCAGUUGAAGCAGGAGGCCAGAACGGCCCGCAGCAGUCAGGAGUCUCAUCCUCUGCCAGCUCGCAUACCGAGAUAGAAGAAUUCCGUCCCUCGAAGCGGACAUGGCUCAUCUUCCUGACGCUGUCUGUGUUGACGCUGAUGGUGGCCCUCGAUGGGACGUCUAUAUCCGUUGCCUUGCCUAUAAUUGCUUCUAAACUACAUGGAUCGGCCAUCGAGGCCUUCUGGAGCGGGACCUCGUUCCUCCUCUGCUCAACAGUCUUCCAACCCAGCUUUGCGUCGUUUUCAAACAUCUUCGGCCGCAAACCCAUGACGCUGAUUGCACUGACGUUCUUCUUCGUCGGCACUCUUGUCUCUGGCCUGUCAAACAACUUCACCCAGAUGCUGGUCGGUCGAUCCAUCCAGGGCGUCGGAGGCGGCGGCAUCAUCGCCCUGACGGAAAUCGUGGUCACGGAUCUGAUCCCCAUGCGCGAACGGGGGAAGUACUUCGGCAUCCUGAGCUCGAUGUGGAGUUUGGGAUCAGUGCUGGGCCCUGUGUUGGGCGGCGGAUUCUCACAGAACGUCUCCUGGCGAUGGAUCUUUUACAUCAACUUCCCCUUCGUGGGCAUCAGCUUGAUAUUUAUCAUCCUCUUCUUCAAGCUUACCCGUAUCCCGGACUCGUUGGCCACGAAGUUACGCAGGAUAGACUAUAUCGGUUCAGCGCUGUUCAUUGCCUCUGCGGUUUCCUUUCUCAUCCCCGUUACUUGGGGAGGAGUCAUGUACGACUGGAGCUCCUGGCGGACUCUGGUGCCCUUGAUACUGGGCAUUGCAGGACUGAUUGGAUUCAUGUUCUAUGAGACGUACUUCGCGGCUGAUCCCAUGAUUCCCGUUACCGUGUUUGCUACUCGAACCGCUGUCGUGUCGUACAUCGAGACGGUACUACAUGGUCUCGUUCUCUGGUGCGGUCUCUACUACUUGCCUCUUUACUUCGAGACAGUCAAGGAAUACUCGCCCAUCCUAUCCGGCGUCGCUCUUUUCCCGCUCAGCUUCACUGUCGCCCCUAGUGCCGUCGUAGUAGGCGUCAUCACCACUCUAACGGGCAAAUACCGCUGGUCAAUCUGGAUGGGCUUCUUCCUCAGCACGCUGGGAAUGGGCCUGCUUGCCAUUCUAAAGGUAGACAGCAGCGUUCCAGCAUGGAUCUUCCUCAUGCUCCCCGCCGGCGUGGGAUUAGGCAUGCUUUUCCCGGGCCUUGGUUUCGCUAUCCAGGCCUCCGCGCUCAAGGGCCAUAUGUCCAUGGCCGUAGCGAUGUUCAGCUUCUUCCGUGCCUUCGGUCAAGCCAUUGGCGUUGCUAUUGGCGGCGUCAUCUUCCAGAACCGCAUGGUGGCCAAGUUGAGGAAGUAUCCUGAGUUUUCUGCGCCGGGCCUUGCGGAGAAGCUGAGCAAGGAUGCCGCUGUGUUGGUGCAAGUGGUUCGAGGGAUGCCUGAGGGUCCGCAGAAGAUGCAUCUCAAGGAGGCGUUUACGGGCAGUUUGAGGUUUGUCUGGAUCGUCUGCUGUGUGCUUCUGGCUGUUGGAGGGUUGUUGAGCGUAUUUACUGCCUCGUAUGACUUGAAUCAGGGGAUCGAUUCGGAGCAGACGCUGGUUGAGAAAAAGGAUCGCAAUGCGACGGUUGAGACGGGUGUCACUCCAUCUCAGAAGGCUUGA